CGAAGUGUCCUCUCGUUUGGAACAAGCCAUAGUUCGUUGAGCCAUCAGACAAGGAAUUGCACCCCCAAUGCGUGAUUGACAAGCAAGGAACUAACGAUUCUCAUUGGUCGAAUCGACCACCAGCUGGAAGCGACUGUUUUUCCGAACAAGCAUGCUUCAGUUGGCGAAAGAGGGAUUGCUUGUCGGUUUGGAAUCUCUCAUGUUCACAGGGAUGCUUUGAGAAGAGCAGUGCGGUGGUGUCUUAAAGAUUCUUUUCACUUUCAAUGUAGAUAUGGCUUACACGAUUCUUCGGUGUGUGUUUACGGUGGUGUUACCUCUCAUUUCCGCAUCUCCAGCAGCUGACAGAGACAGUUCGUCUGUAAUAGAAACUUCAGACAGUUCUUACUACGAGGACCGGGCAUGGUCAGAUACCUAUAUGGCAGAUUGGUCCAAUCCGGACUGGGCACUCAUAAGCGGGCGAUCACAACAGCGGACAUGUGUGGAUAUUCCAGCAAAUCUAACUCUCUGUCAAAAUUUAGGAUACCAGAAAAUGGUUCUUCCAAAUUUGUUGGGUCAUGACAGUCUCGGUGAAGUCACCCAACAGGCAGGUUCAUGGGUGUCUCUCCAAAAUAUAAAAUGCCAUCGGGACACCCAGUUAUUUCUCUGCUCUCUGUUUGCGCCUGUGUGCUUGGACCGGUUGAUAUGGCCGUGUCGCUCUCUCUGUGAGGCCGUCAAAGCCGGUUGUGUCAGUCGGAUGAAUUCCUACGGUUUUCCUUGGCCGGACAUGCUCCGCUGUGAUAAAUUCCCCCUCGAGAAUGACCUGUGUAUCACAUCACGAUCACCCGACGGAAAUAAAGAUAAUAAAGACUGUCCUCCGUGUAAAGAACCUGAUACCGUCGAAGGAAUUGUGGAUAAUUUUUGCAGAGCUCAAUUCGUCAUGAAGGUCAAAGGAAAGAAGGUCCAGACCGGCGCUAGUGGUCUCGAGCUCACCGCCGCAAAGAAGAUGAAAAUGUUUAAGAAGGAGAAGCUAAAAAAGCGGUUCCUCCAGAAACCCUUAUCGAUUGGCAAUGGCGCGGACUGCACAUGUCAGAGGUUGAACAUCACGGAGGAGAGGAAUUACUUGGUCAUGGGAAAUAUUGUUAAUAAGAAGCCGGUGGUCAGUGCCAUCUUUAAAUGGAGCGGCAAGAAAAAGAGCACAACGCGACAAGGAUUGAAAGCCUCCAAGAAAAAGGACGUUUGCAAGGGUGGCGUGAGUGCGCUGGAGAACGUUGACAGUAUGAAAACUAAGCGUGAUAAGAAGAAAGGGAAGAAGAAGGGUAGGGGAAAGGGAAAGAGGAGGGACAGGGAACCAAAAAAGACCAGGAGGCCGAGGUAUAAAGAAAUGUUUUUCCGUAAGUGAAGUGGUCGCGUACUGGUAAAAGACGUUGCUGAGGAACAAGGGUAAUUACAGUGACCGUUUGAGCUUGAUCUUCUUGAAGAAGCUUUAUGCGGAAACCAUACAGUGUAUAUAUAUGGAUCCUUUGAGGGUAUUUAUGUCAUGGGGAGGACCUAAUGAUUCGUAGAUAUGUGAUAGGUCAUAACUGUUUCACAGAGUGUAUAUAGUGCAAUGCAAGAAAGGAAGGCUUAUAUAGACAGGACUAUUGAAAAGGAAUAUAAUCUACGUCGCUUUUUUGAAGUUUUGGGUUGAAAUCCAUGACGGAGAGAUGGCCAGUACAUUUCUGUAGGACACAUUCUAGGCAACACAAAAGGAUCUAACGUACGAUUUAUUAAUAUUUCGUGUGUUAUUUUGAUGCGCAAAGAGAAGGGUUAUCUGAAAGAAUAUAAAGGGUUUAGCUUUCUUAAGAUAACUCGACCUGUCUUCUGUCUCCGACAUCGGGGGAGGCGGUUGUAGUGUGGUGUGUAUUCAGCUUAAAGGCCUUCGCAAACUGACUGGCUGACAUGUCACAUUAGUGUGCGGGGCGAUCGGAGCCUGGAUUCAGCUCAAAAAGUCGAAGGCCUUUAGACGUGGUGUCUUAUAAUCACAGUGUCGGAGAUGAAUUAGCUGUUAGAUAGCGCGAUAUUUUUUCUUGACUGUGCUGUUCAGACAAUCAAUACUCUUUUUUAUGUUUAAGUCGUAGAUUUGUAAAUAGUUUCUUGUUUAUGUAUAGAAGAUAUUUUGAUGUAGAGUAAAGUCUAGGACGGGUUUUGUGAAAUAUACUAUGUCUUGUAUGUAAAAAGAAAAUGGCUAGGGCAUUACACGCUGCGCAGUUUAGUCUUAGGCCUAAUAGAUGUUAUAUAAAUUGCAAAAUUAUCAAUCAGUUACUUACUAAAUUAAUUUCAUGUCUUCACAAAAUGAUCAAAUAAUCAGUGAGAUCGAUUGUCUCCGGAAGUGAUCGACGAAUGGAUAUUGAUAACAUGUAAGUUUGGUGUGUGUCAUUUUCAUGGAAACAACCCGCAACAAUGUUAACAAACGGCGUAACUACGGAAGCCCAAGACGCUCUCCAAAUUCGAAAUUCGAAUUUCGAAUUUGGAUGAGCCUUUUGGGCUUUCGUACGUAACCCUUAAAACUGUACGUCAUUUGACUAUUCACGCUAGCAGUGCAUGAAAUGAAGUGAUUAUCGCUGCGCGAGGCAUGGUUCAGAGCUGCUUUAUAGUGAUACCAUGAUACCAAUAUCAAGCGUAAUCCCCUCAUCCCUGAUUUUUAGAUCACGAAGACCUAAUUUCUAGACGUAAUAAUGUGUAUAAAGUGUAGGUAGUUUAACUCCUUGUAUGUAAAUGAUUCACCAGGCUUAGCGUAUGUGUUCUACACAGCAUUCCCUAUAAAUUUAUAAUUAAAUCCAGUCAGCCGAA